AUGGGUCGUCGCCAUCGUCGUUCGAAGGUCACGCGAGUAGUGAAUCUCGUUAAGAAGAUCAUAGCAUUCUUCUUUUCACACAUUGGUCUAUGUGCUUUGGUGGUUGGCUACGCCUUACUUGGUGCUGUGAUAUUUCAGGCUGUAGAGGGACCGCACGAAGAGCAGAUACAAUCCUCCGUGACCGCAGCUCGGAGUCGAGCAGUUGAUGUCGUUUGGAAUGCUACAUUCCGAGUCAAUCGACUCAAUCAAGAGCAGUGGAAAUCAUCUGUUUAUAAAGAAGUCAAAAAAUUCCAAAAGGUAUGUAUGCAAGCGAUUCGCAAAGGCUAUGACGGCAAAGAAUUCAAGCAGGCAGCGCAAUGGACAUUUACCGGAGCAUUUUUGUACUCACUCACAGUUAUUACAACAAUAGGUUAUGGAAAUACGGCUGCUAAAACCUACAUUGGCAAAACGUUGACGAUGCUGUAUGCAAUCAUAGGAAUACCGCUAAUGCUGCUUUUCCUUACAAAUAUUGGUGACGUACUAGCAAAGAUAUUCAGAUUCUUAUACGCUCAAUCGAUUCGCUUGAAGUAUCGCCUAAUUCUCUGGCACAAGAAAAGAAAGGCUGCAAAGAUUCGUCGAGCGAACUCUCUCGUCUCCCGGCUCACUAGAGCUCAUCGUGUGAAAGCCGACUCUUCUCUUGACUCAUUUGCUGUUGGAGGUCCCGAUGUCGAAGAUUUGCUCACUGCUCGCGUUGAAAUGGAACAGCUGGAAGUUCGUGAGACGGCGCAAGCUCAGCUCGAAAAAAUCAGUGUGCCACUAUCAUUAGUGGUUCUCACUAUGUUCGCUUACUUGAUAGCAGGUACGAUUUUGUUCAAGCUUUGGGAAGGGUGGACAUUUUUGGAGAGUUUCUACUUCUGCUACAUCUCACUCACAACCAUAGGAUUUGGUGAUCGCUUCCCGGGAGCUUCAGUCGGGAAUGACAAAGAUGCGCAAGAAAAGUUGGUCAUAACCUCUGUGUACUUGCUAUUUGGUAUGGCAUUGCUUGCUAUGUGCUUCAACCUCGCUCAAGAAGAAGUACAACUGAAAACACGAUGGAUCGCUGAUCAUUUCCGUUCAAAACAGGACGAUGAUGAUGACUAG